UUUACAUUUUAUUUACACACACUAAAAACACACACAUAUAGAUACAGAUACGAAAAAACGUUACUUAUCGGAACCAAAAAUGUCGUCGGAUGACUGGCCGGAUUGGUUACCUGCUGACUGGACUAUGCAAAUCAAAAAGAUCGAUCAACGCAAAGUCAAAUGUUAUGUUGAUUCUCAAGGACACAAGUGUUAUUCUAAGCCACAAGUGUUCGAUUAUCUUAAGAAGAUUGGCGGGAAAGAAGCUCAUGUGAAUACUGAUAAUGCCAAUGGAUCAACUUUAGACUUAUCGAUGGAGCCAGAAAAUGAAGUUAUUGGAUCGUCACCUGGAGGACCACCUGCGAAACUGGCAACUAGAAGUAGCAGGAAGAAACCCCUGGCGAUGCACGAAGCUGAAGGUGUUUCAUCUGGAGUUGGAUCUCCUUCUGAGCCUUUAUCAUCUGAAAGAAGCCAUGGUGAUUCUAGUUGGCUACCUGAUGGUUGGACUGUGGAAGUGAAGACUCGCAAAGGUGGUAACAGUACAGGAAUGAGAUAUAAGUGCUACACAGAUCCUCUAAGUGGACAAAAGUUCUUUUCAAAGCCACAGGUUCUGAGUCAUCUUGCCAAAACAAACCGGAGUUUUGGUGGACAGAAAGAGUUAAACACAGAACCUAUUAUCGCCACUCCGAUAACAGCUUGGAGAGAGAAUGCGUCUACAGAACCUGGUAAUUCCCAGACCAAUGAAGCCACUGAAGACGAGAAGAAUAAAUUCGAAAAGAAGACAGAAAGCGCUCGCUUGUACUCGGAACGUAGAGUUGUCACAAGGAUUCCAGCAGAAGGAUUACCUCCGGGGUGGAUAAAAGAAAUGAGAUUGAGAAAUGAUGGAAUUAAGAGGGAUCCGUUCUUUGUAGACCCUUCGAGUGAAUACGUCUUCUUCUCGAAAAAGGAUGCCUUGCGUUAUCUGGAAGCUGGGGAUGUCAAGGCAUGUGUCAUGAAACCGAUGAUAAGGAAUAUGAAUGCAGAUGCCUCUCUUAAUUUAAAAAUGUCUGGAGACGAAAUGGCUUCACCACCCGAUCCAUGCAAAGGAAUUGAGACUUCCGAAGUGCUGACAAAUGGUUGCGUAACAGAUUCGAAAACAAACGGAAUUGCUACAGAGAACCCGGCCGAGAAUCCAGUCGAGAACCCGAAGCCAAUUCGCUCUAUAACUGGUGGAAUUUUCUCUACACCUGUUGCUUCCCAAAAAGAGGCUCGCACUAGAUCUGGAGGAUCUUUCCCUAGUCCGAAAGAAGUAGUUUCUGAUUGGCUACCUGAUGGAUGGACUGUUGAACUGCAUUACAAAAGUUCUGGAAUGAAGUACAAGAUUUACAAGGAAUCUGCAAGUGGGAAAAAGUUUUAUUCGAAGCCACAAGUGCUGGACUAUCUUGCAAAUGGCAGUAGUAGCAACUCUAGAAAGAGAAAAGAUAAUUCUUCCGUGGUGUCUGAUUCGUCCCCAAAACCCAAAAGAUCUAGCAACAAGAAAGAUAACUCGAAUUUUGAAGAAUUUAUCACAACAACUCCGGCGGAAGGGUUGCCUGAAGGAUGGAUAAAAGAAGUUAGAACAAAGAUAUCUGGAACCCACAAAAGACAUGAUCCGUACUAUAUUGACCCUGAGAAUGGAUACAUCUUUCGCUCUAAAUUGGAUGCUCUGCGCUUUCUAGAGACUGGUGACAUAAACGCAUGUGCCAUGAAACCGAAGGUGAAGGAUAAAGAUGGAAAUGAAGUUUAUGUGCGUACAGAUGGUGUGCCAAAACCAGCUAAAACAACUGGUGAACAACUCGUUGAAGGAGGAGAGAACUCUGUGGAAAAACAAGACAAUGAUGUAUCAUCUGCUGGUAACAUCUCUGUGAGAGGUAGGGUGUCAAGUAGGAUUGCAAAUCGUAGCAACAACUCCGCAACUACUUCGCCUGCUCAAUCUUCAAAAAGACAAAAAGGGGUAAAUUUCGAAACUGGCCCUUCAGGUGGGGGUCUCACUGAAGAUAACAGAGCAGUCCAAGAGAAGCAGGGACCGGGGGUAAAUCUGGAAAAGGAGCCCGAUGAUGGCCAUCUCUCUUAUGACAUUCCAGAUGAUGAUAAUUGGACAGACCAAUGCAUUGACUUCGCAGUCAAAACACUUACAGAUGAAAUUCUAAUAAAUGGUCAACCAGCACCCGGGGCUUUUCAGGAAGAAAAUGGUGGGGUGGAGACUGGUGUGAACAAAACUCCUACGAAGGUGAAUUGAGUGUUGAUGUGCAGUGGGUUUCUCAGCGACGAUGGGGCGAUUGACUUUAAUAUUAUGUAUUUAAAUCUGUCUAUGAAUUUGCUAGUCAACUUAUGUAGUGUUUUCUGGUUGCUUUAAUAGGUGUUUUAUUGUGAAAAUAAUAUCCGACUUGUAUCACCAUCACAAGGAAAACCCAAAUUUUAGUUUUAAAUGUUACGAGUAAUUGCAAAUA